UCCCUGCAGCAGGUUAGUCUACGUGUUGAGCUACGUCGAUGAGCUGGAGGAGAACGGAUCAUAUCGUUGACACAGAGGAGGGUCGAUGAGCUGGAGGAGAACGGAUCAUAUAAUUGACACAGAGGAGGGUCGAUGAGCUGGAGGAGAACGUAUCAUAUAAUUGACUCAGAGGAGGGUCGAUGAGCUGGAGGAGAACGUAUCAUAUCGUUGAAACGGAGCAAUGCAGAGGAGAGAGAGGAGGAUCCCUCGUCAUCUAUUUAUACAUCCAGGAAUGCUCUCAUUCCCUGUUCCAUCCAUCGGACCAGUUACUGCUGGCAGUCUCUCCUCGCGCUAGAAUCAGAAGGGGAUUGUCCAUUGCUAAAUCAAGCUCUGGCAAGCUGCUAUACCGGCUACCGGCUACCGGUUACCGGCUACCGGCUAUAACGGAUUGAAUCCAGCUUCAGCAGCAGCAUGCAGCACGAAGGAACAGGAUGCUCCUGACAAUGUGCCAGUGAGUUGAAAAGAGAGAGAGCUGAAGGUCAACUCAAAGUUAUAAAGAUGAAGCCUAUGGAGGAAAUGACGACCAUGUCUCUGCCGAUGUGGGCUCUCUUCACCAACUCCAGCCAGCUGUACUACAACCCCAACACCACUGUGGCCCCUAAUUUUCUCACCAAACCCAAGGCCUGUGAGCAGCUCAACAUCGCCAUAGAGGUCUUCCUCAUCCUGGGUAUUAUCAGUUUUUUGGAGAACAUCCUGGUCAUCUGCGCCAUCAUCAAGAACAAGAACCUCCACUCCCCCAUGUACUUCUUUGUGUGUUCCCUGGCUGUGGCCGACAUGCUGGUCAGCGUCUCCAACGCCUGGGAGACCAUCAUCAUCUACCUGCUGACCAACCGGCAGCUCAUUGUGGACGACCAUUUUAUUCGUCAGAUGGACAACGUCUUUGACUCCAUGAUCUGUAUAUCAGUGGUGGCGUCUAUGUGUUCUCUCCUGGCCAUCGCUGUGGACCGGUAUGUGACCAUUUUCUAUGCUCUGCGUUACCACAGCAUCAUGACCCAUAGAAGGGCCGCCCUCAUCAUCGGAGCCAUCUGGACCUUCUGCACGGGCUGCGGCAUCGUCUUUAUCAUGUACUCCGACACCACCCCUGUUAUCAUUUGCUUGGUGUCCAUGUUCUUCACCAUGCUGGUGCUCAUGGCCUCGCUGUACAGCCACAUGUUCAUGCUGGCUCGCUCCCACGUUAAGCGCAUCGCGGCUCUGCCAGGGUACAACUCCAUCCACCAGAGGGCCAGCAUGAAGGGAGCCAUCACUCUCACAAUCCUCCUGGGCAUCUUCAUCGUCUGCUGGGCACCCUUCUUCCUCCACCUUAUCCUGAUGAUCUCCUGCCCCAGGAACCUGUAUUGUGUGUGCUUCAUGUCUCACUUCAACAUGUACCUCAUCCUCAUCAUGUGUAACUCUGUGAUCGACCCUCUGAUCUACGCCUUCAGGAGUCAGGAAAUGAGGAAUACCUUUAAGGAGAUUAUCUGUUGCUACAGCCUGAGGAACGUGUUUGAGUGUCUCCCUGUGUGCUAUAAACCUGGAGUGGCAUAGAACUCUUGCCCUUAUAGACUCUUUGGCCAUGAGUCCUACAUGUGCUUUAUUCAGCAGGAUUUGGCCAUGGGUCCUACAAGUGGUUUAGUCAGCAGGAUUUGGGCAUGAACCGAGUGCAUUGGAAUAGAAGACUGUCUUAUUAAAAUGUGUCUUAGACUGCCUCGUACCAAUCUGAUUAACCUCAACUUGUAGAACCCUUUGUGCCUUAACACUAGAACUACUAAUGCAGUCAUUUUGACCCUACGGUGUAUAUCCGUCCACAGAAUCAAAGCAGUCUCAUCAGCCUACUCUGGCCUACUUGGAGUAGGCUACACAGUGAGAGCGUGCGUAAUUGUACAUGCUGAACGGCUUUCAAUAUCUGGGAAAAUAUACACAUCAGGCAGCAGGUGAGCGAGAGAGUGUCAAAGAAUGUGGUGAUGAGGCAAGGGGAGAAAUGUCACGAUGGACAACUUCUUCACUGUCAUUGGAGAACAAGUUGCUUGUGGUCGGCACAAUGAACAAAGUUAGACGUUCCCUCCCUCCCUCUGUGCAGAAUAAAGCAACUGCACUGUCGUUAUACUCCACAAAGGUGCUGAAGAAUGACAAGAUGACAGGAACACAAUUAAAAGACGCCUGUUACGCACUACAACCAAACAAAGGUAUGUCAGAGUGUGUCAAGCAAGUAAACGUUACGAAAAUGGUGUCAACUGUUAGGACAAGGGAUAACAGCUAACUGACAUCCAACUGUUAGGACAAGGGAUAACAGCUAACUGACACCCAACUGAUAGGACAAGGGAUAACAGCUAACUGACACCCAACUGUUAGGACAAGGGAUAACAGCUAACUGACACCCAACUGACAUCCAACUGUUAGGACAAGGGAUAACAGCUAACUGACAUCCAACUGAUAGGACAAGGGAUAACAGCUAACUGACAUCCAACUGACAUCUAACUGUUAGGACAAGGGAUAACAGCUAACUGACAUCCAACUGAUAGGACAAGGGAUAACAGCUAACUGACAUCUAACUGAUAGGACAAGGGAUAACAGCUAACUGACAUCCAACUGAUAGGACAAGGGAUAACAGCUAACUGACAUCCAACUGAUAGGACAAGGGAUAACAGCUAACUGACAUCCAACUGUUAGGACAAGGGAUAACAGCUAACUGACAUCUAACUGUUAGGACAAGGGAUAACAGCUAACUGACACCCAACUGUUAGGACAAGGGAUAACAGCUAACUGACAUCCAACUGACAUCUAACUGUUAGGACAAGGGAUAACAGCUAACUGACAUCCAACUGAUAGGACAAGGGAUAACAGCUAACUGACAUCUAACUGAUAGGACAAGGGAUAACAGCUAACUGACAUCCAACUGAUAGGACAAGGGAUAACAGCUAACUGACAUCCAACUGAUAGGACAAGGGAUAACAGCUAACUGACAUCCAACUGUUAGGACAAGGGAUAACAGCUAACUGACAUCCAACUGUUAGGACAAGGGAUAACAGCUAAUUGACACCCAACUGUUAGGACAAGGGAUAACAGCUAACUGACACCCAACUGUUAGGACAAGGGAUAACAGCUAACUGACAUCCAACUGUUAGGACAAGGGAUAACAGCUAAAUGACAUCCAACUGAUAGGACAAGGGAUAACAGCUAACUGACAUCCAACUGUUAGGACAAGGGAUAACAGCUAACUGACACCCAACUGAUAGGACAAGGGAUAACAGCUAACUGACAUCCAACUGACAUCCAACUGUUAGGACAAGGGAUAACAGCUAAAUGACAUCCAACUGAUAGGACAAGGGAUAACAGCUAACUGACAUCCAACUGUUAGGACAAGGGAUAACAGCUAACUG